AUGUCUCCUGCCGUUGUUUCGUAUGCUGAUUCAUCAGACGUGGCAAGUGCCGUUGGCAGAUUUGUUUUAGACGCUCAAAAGAAAGCUUUUUCCGAGGGAAACUCGUUCAAAAUUGCUGUAUCUGGUGGAUCCUUAGGGAAAGUGAUGAAGGCUGCUCUUAUUGACGAUAAAAAGGUUUCAGGUUCUGUUGAAUGGAAGAAAUGGCAGGUUUACUUUAGUGACGAAAGAAUUGUUCCACUUACUCAUAGCGAUUCCAAUUACGGAUUGUUUAAACAAAUGGUUUUGGAUAAUUUGGAUGAUGACAAUAAACCGAAGGUUUACACAAUUGACGAUUCUUUAGAUUCUGAUGAAGCUAUUAGAAAGGCUUACGAAGAGAUUUUACCCAAAGACUCCAAAUUUGAUCUUGUUCUUCUUGGUUGCGGACCUGAUGGCCAUACAUGCUCGUUGUUUCCAGAACAUCCAUUACUUGAAGUGCGCGAUCAACAGAUCGCUUUAAUUACAGAUUCUCCUAAACCACCUCCAAGACGGAUCACUUUUACCUUCCCUGUCCUUGAAUCAUCAAAGGCGAUUGCGUUUGUAGCUGAAGGUGCUGGUAAGGCCGAAGUAUUAAAGGACAUUUUCACAAAUCCUAACUCAAAGCUUCCGUCCAAACUUGUCAAUGAUAUUUCAGGUGUACCAGUUACUUGGUUUGUUAAUGAUGCAGCCAUCAAUGGCGUUAAUGUUAUUGCUUCCAAGUAUUAA